GAGCUGUCACAUUGGCAACAGUAUGAAAGUAUUUUGAUGAAUUUGCACAGUUGGUAGUAUAUAAUGUGUUAAUUGUAGUAUCUUAGCUGUUAUUUUUAGGGUAAUAGAGCCAAUGUACCUUUUAGUCGUUGAUAUAAAGUGGCAGGCUAUUUUCAACUAAUGGAUUGCAGUUCCACAGAUUAGACGGAGCCCGUACAAAGCUAACGAGGAUGCUGAACCUUAUUUUAAACUGAAAGACUCUACGUAACACCGGGAGCCACUGAGAGAAAGCUUCAUUUGGACGCCAACAUUUUUCACCUUUUGGGGGGGGGGAGGAAAAGUAACCUAUCACUGAAGUGACUAAAGGGGAAUAAUGGUGAUUUUGCGCCGUGCUCGGCCGCCUGCUUCCGCCCCAACCAGCAAUGAAUCUUGACUCGCUCUCGCUGGCUUUGUCUCAAAUCAGCUAUCUGGUGGACAAUUUAACAAAGAAAAACUACAGAGCCAGCCAGCAAGAAAUACAGCAUAUUGUAAAUCGUCACGGUCCUGAGGCAGACAGGCAUCUUUUUCGCUGUCUUUUCUCACAUGUGGAUUUCAGUGGCGAUGGUAAAAGCAGUGGCAAGGACUUUCACCAGACACAGUUUCUGAUUCAGGAGUGUGUGUCGCUGAUAUCAAAGCCCAAUUUUAUCUCUACCCUAUGCUACGCCAUUGACAAUCCCCUGCACUACCAGAAGAGCUUGAAACCAUCUACCCAUUUAUUCACCCAACUAAGUAAAGUUCUUAAGCUCAGCAAGGUCCAAGAGGUGAUUUUUGGCCUCGCUCUGCUCAACUCCAGCAACAUAGACCUCCGUGGAUUUGCUGCGCAGUUCAUUAAGCAGAAGCUUCCCGACCUCCUGCGGUCAUACAUCGACGCAGAUCUUGGCGGAAACCAAGAAGGUGGCUUCCAAGACAUUGCUAUAGAGGUCUUGCACCUGCUGCUCUCCCAUUUACUGUUUGGUCAGAAGGGAGCAAUCGGGGUGGGACAAGAGCAGAUUGACGCCUUCUUGAAGACACUUUGCCGAGAUUUCCCGCAGGAGCGCUGCCCUGUGGUGCUCGCACCACUGUUGUACCCUGAAAAACGGGACAUUCUCAUGGAUAGGAUCCUGCCUGACUCGGGGGAGUUAGCUAAGACCAUAAUGGAGAGUUCUCUAGCAGAGUUCAUGCAGGACAUGGGCUACAGUUCCUCUGCCAGUCUGGACGAGUGCAGAAACACUAUCCUUCAGUAUGGGGUGAGGGAGGUGACAGCCAGCCAGGUAGCCAGGGUCUUGGGCAUGAUGGCUCGUACCCACUCUGGCCUAACUGAUGGUAUUCCUGUACAGUCCAUCACUGCACCCGGAAGUGGUAUCUGGAGCGAUGGAAAGGAUAAGAACGAUGGCUCACAGGCACACACGUGGAAUGUCGAGGUGCUCAUCGACGUAGUCAAAGACGCUAAUCCUAACUUGAACUUCAAAGAGGUGACAUAUGAACUGGAUCACACAGGAUUCAUAAUACGGGACAGUAAGGGCCUGCAUAUAGUGGUGUACGGCAUUCAGCGGGGUUUGGGCAUGGAGGUUUUUCCUGUUGAUCUCAUAUAUCGACCAUGGAAACACGCAGAGGGACAGUUAUCAUUCAUUCAACACUCUCUAAUGAGCCCCGAAGUGUUCUGCUUUGCUGACUACCCUUGCCAUACGGUAGCCAUUGACAUCCUAAAAGCACCACCAGAGGAUGACAACAGGGAGAUUGCAACAUGGAAAAGCUUGGACUUGGUGGAAAGCCUGCUUCGGCUAUCAGAGGUUGGCCAGUAUGAGCAGGUGAAGCAGCUCUUCAGUUUCCCCAUCAAGCACUGCCCAGAUAUGCUGGUUCUGGCACUGCUGCAGAUCUCCACUUCCUGGCAUACACUGCGCCAUGAGCUCAUCUCUACCCUGAUGCCCAUCUUUCUGGGCAACCACCCCAACUCUGCUAUUAUUCUGCACUAUGCCUGGCAUGGACAGGGACAGUCUCCCUCCAUCCGUCAGUUAAUUAUGCGUUCAAUGGCCGAGUGGUAUAUGAGAGGUGAGCAGUAUGACCAGGCCAAGUUGUCUCGCAUUCUGGAUGUGGCCCAAGACUUGAAGUCUCUAUCGAUGCUGCUGAAUGGUACUCCAUUUGCCUUUGUUAUUGACCUUGCUGCACUUGCCUCUCGCCGUGAAUACCUCAAACUUGAUAAAUGGCUGACUGACAAAAUUAGAGAGCAUGGGGAACCUUUUAUCCAAGCUUGUGUAACAUUCCUAAAGAGGCGCUGCCCAUCCAUAAUGGGGGGUCUGGCCCCUGAUAAGGACCAGCCUAAAAGCUCUCAGUUGCCUCCAGAGACCUUAGCCACCAUGCUGGCAUGUCUUCAGUCUUGUGCUGGGAGUGUUUUGCAAGAGUUGUCAGAGACAAUCCUGACCAUGGUUGCCAACUGCAGCAACGUUAUGAACAAAGCCCGGCAGCCACCACCAGGAGUCAUGCCGAAAGGUCGGGCCCCAAGCACCAGCAGCCUGGAUGCGAUCUCUCCUGUUCAGGUGGACCCUCUUACUGGUAUGGGCUCGUUGAACCUGGGCGGCACAGCCACCUCCCACACUCAGAGCAUGCAGGGUUUCCCCACCUCCCUAAGUUCAGCUUUCAGUAAUCCCCAAUCUCCAGCAAAGGCAUUUCCACCUCUCUCUAACACCAAUACAAGCACACCAUUUGGGGGCAUUGGCAGCUUGUCCUCGCAGCUUCCUGGUAUGGACUCUGGUUCCUUGGCAUCGGGCAUUGGCUCUGGUAUUGGUUCUAGUCUAGGAAUGCCGGCAGUAAGCACUGAUCCAUUCGGCACCAGGAAGAUGAGCACACCGAGCUUGAACCCACCUACCUUUCAGCAGACUGACCUUUCUCAGGUUUGGCCUGAAGCAAACCAGCACUUUAGUAAGGAGAUAGAUGAUGAAGCCAACAGUUACUUCCAGCGUAUCUACAACCACCCACCUCACCCGACUAUGUCUGUGGAUGAAGUUCUGGAGAUGCUGCAGAGGUUCAAAGAUUCAACCAUCAAGCGGGAGCGGGAGGUGUUCAAUUGCAUGCUUCGGAACUUGUUUGAGGAGUACCGUUUCUUUCCCCAGUACCCGGACAAGGAGCUGCACAUCACAGCCUGUCUCUUUGGUGGCAUCAUUGAAAAAGGGCUUGUCACAUACAUGGCCCUUGGCCUGGCACUGCGAUAUGUUCUUGAGGCCUUAAGAAAACCUUAUGGAUCCAAAAUGUAUUACUUUGGGAUUGCAGCCCUAGACCGCUUCAAAAACAGGUUGAAGGACUACCCUCAGUACUGUCAACAUCUUGCUUCAAUUGGACAUUUCUUACAAUUUCCCCACCAUUUACAAGAGUGUGUGCAGUAUAUUGAGUAUGGCCAACAGUCACGGGACCCUCCGGUGAAGAUGCAAGGCUCCAUCACCACCCCUGGCAGUCUAGCACUGGCACAAGUUCAAGCCCAGUCACAGCAACCCGGUGUCCCUAAAGCGCCACAGCCAGGACAGACAAGCACCCUUGUCACCACCACAACGACAACCACGGUUGCCAAGACCACUACCAUCACAAGACCUACGCCCAGCGGUUUCAAGAAGGAUGUGCCUCCUUCCAUUAACACUACAAAUAUUGACACCCUGCUGGUUGCCACUGACCAAACAGAAAGGAUUGUAGAACCUCCAGAGAAUAUCCAGGAGAAGAUUGCUUUUAUCUUCAAUAACCUUUCUCAGUCAAACAUGACACAAAAGGUUGAGGAGUUGAAAGAGACUGUGAAGGAAGAGUUCAUGCCAUGGGUAUCUCAAUACCUGGUGAUGAAGCGUGUCAGCAUUGAGCCCAAUUUCCACAGUCUCUACUCCAACUUUCUGGACACACUCAAGAAUCCGGAGUUUGUCAAAAUGGUCCUCACUGAGACCUACAGGAAUAUCAAGGUUUUACUGACUUCUGACAAGGCUGCAGCCAAUUUCUCUGAUCGCUCAUUGCUGAAGAACCUGGGCCAUUGGCUGGGCAUGAUUACACUGGCUAAAAACAAGCCUAUUCUCUACACGGAUCUGGAAAUUAAGUCUCUGCUUUUGGAAGCCUAUGUGAAGGGCCAGCAGGAGCUACUCUAUGUUGUUCCUUUUGUGGCCAAAGUUUUGGAGUCCAGCCUGCGAAGCAUGGUUUUCAGGCCCCAGAACCCAUGGACCAUGGCCAUCAUGAAUGUUCUUGCUGAGCUACAUCAAGAACAUGACCUCAAGCUUAACCUCAAAUUUGAGAUUGAAGUUCUGUGUAAGAACUUGUCUCUGGAUAUUAAUGACCUGAAGCCAGGAAACUUGUUGAAGGACAAGGAGAAGCUUAAGAGUCUUGAGGAGCAGUUGUCUGCACCAAAGAAAGAAGCAAAGCCUCCAGAUGAAAUGCUUCCUGUUACUACAUCAGGAGACUUUGUUCCAUUUGCAGCUCCACCCUCAACUCCAGCUGCCACCACCACGACUUGCACAACCACAGGGCCCCCCACCCCACAGUUCAGUUACCAUGACAUCAAUGUGUAUGCCUUGGCAGGCCUGGCACCACACAUUAAUAUCAAUGCUAACAUCCCUCUACUGCAGGCCCAUCCUCAGUUGAAGCAGUGUGUGAGGCAGUCAGUUGAACGGGCUGUCCAGGAGCUGGUGCACCCUGUGGUUGACCGCUCUAUCAAAAUUGCAAUGACAACAUGUGAGCAAAUCAUCAGGAAGGACUUUGCCCUGGAUUCAGAGGAGUCCCGCAUGCGUGUGGCGGCCCACCACAUGAUGAGGAACCUGACUGCUGGUAUGGCCAUGAUCACCUGCCGGGAACCUCUGCUCGUGAGCAUUGCUGCUAAUCUCAAAAACAGUUUUGCUGCUGCACUGAGGGCACCAACUCCCCAACAGAGGGAAAUGAUGGAGGAGGCUGCAGCAAGGGUUGCUCAGGAGAACUGUGAACUGGCAUGCUGCUUUAUUCAGAAAACAGCUGUGGAGAAGGCUGGCCCUGAAAUGGACAAGAGACUUGCCACAGAAUUUGAGCUCAGGAAGCAUGCACGCCAAGAAGGACGCCGUUACUGUGAUCCAGUUGUCUUGACUUACCAGGCUGAACGUAUGCCAGAGCAGAUAAGACUCAAGGUGGGAGGCGUGGACCCCAAGCAACUCGCUGUGUAUGAGGAGUUUGCCAGGAACGUUCCAGGUUUUCUACCCAGUAAUGAUCUUUCUCAGCCAACUGGUUUCCUGGCUCAGCCAAUGAAGCAACAAGCAUGGGCCACAGACGAUGUUGCACAAAUCUAUGAUAAGUGCAUGGCCGACUUGGAGCAGCACCUUCACGCCAUCCCUCCAGCUCACUCCAUGAACCCCCUGACACAAGCCCUCCGCAGUCUGCUAGAGGCUGUGGCCUUGGCAAGGAACUCCAGAGAUGGUAUUGCAGCACUUGGACUGCUACAGAAGGCUGUGGAAGGUCUUCUAGAUGCCACUAGCGGUGCUGAUAAUGACUUGCUUCUCCGGUAUAGGCAGUGCCACCUUCUGGUCCUUAAAGCCCUCCAGGAUGGGCGUGCCUAUGGGCCACAGUGGUGCAACAAACAGAUCACCAGGUGUCUCAUUGAAUGCCGGGACGAGUACAAAUACAAUGUGGAAGCGGUGGAGCUUUUGAUCCAAAACCACCUUGUGAACAUGCAGCAGUAUGAUCUACACCUAGCUCAGUCAAUGGAGAAUGGACUGCACUACAUGGCAGUGGCAUUUGCGAUGCAGUUAGUGAAGCUGUUGCUGGUGGAUGAGCGCAGUGUUAGCCAUGUCACAGAAGCUGAUCUCUUCCACACAAUUGAGACUUUAAUGAGGACCUGUGCACACUCCAGAGCCACUGCACCUGAAGGUCUUCCUCAGCUGAUGGAUGUCGUCCGCUCCAACUAUGAGGCCAUGAUUGACCGAGCUCAUGGUGGACCGAACUUCAUGAUGCACUCUGGGAUUUCACAGGCUUCUGAGUAUGACGAUCCCCCAGGCCUGAGGGAAAAGGCAGAGUAUCUCCUGAGGGAAUGGGUCAACCUGUACCACUCAGCUGCUGCCGGCAGGGAUAGUACCAAAGCUUUCUCUGCCUUUGUCGGCCAGAUGCACCAGCAAGGGAUUUUGAAAACCGAUGACUUGAUCACACGAUUUUUCCGGCUGUGCACAGAAAUGUGUGUAGAGAUCAGCUACCGGGCACAGGCUGAACAGCAGCACAACCCAGCAGCGAGUGCAGCCAUCAUUAGAGCAAAGUGCUACCACAAUCUGGAUGCAUUUGUUAGACUCAUAGCCCUGCUAGUCAAGCACUCUGGAGAGGCCUCCAACACAGUGACAAAAAUCAACCUCCUCAACAAGGUGCUGGGUAUUGUUGUCGGCGUGUUGAUCCAGGACCAUGAUGUUCGCCAGACAGAAUUCCAGCAGCUGCCUUACCACCGUAUUUUCAUUAUGCUGCUGUUGGAGCUCAAUGCUCCAGAACACGUCCUGGAGACCAUCAACUUCCAGACGCUCACUGCCUUCUGCAAUACCUUUCACAUCCUGAGACCAACGAAGGCUCCUGGCUUUGUGUACGCCUGGCUUGAACUCAUCUCCCAUCGCAUCUUCAUCGCACGCAUGCUUGCACACACACCACAACAGAAGGGUUGGCCCAUGUACGCACAAUUGCUUAUUGAUCUCUUCAAGUACCUAGCACCUUUCUUGAGGAAUGUAGAGCUCAACAAACCUAUGCAAAUCCUCUACAAGGGCACACUUAGAGUACUACUGGUCCUGCUGCAUGACUUCCCCGAGUUCUUGUGCGAUUACCAUUAUGGCUUCUGUGACGUGAUCCCUCCCAACUGCAUUCAGCUCCGCAACCUCAUCCUGAGUGCCUUUCCACGCAACAUGAGGCUCCCUGACCCUUUCACGCCUAAUCUCAAGGUGGACAUGCUGAGUGAGAUCAACAUUGCUCCCCGUAUCCUUACCAACUUCACAAGCGUCAUGCCUUCCCAGUUCAAGAAGGAUCUGGACUCCUAUCUCAAAACACGAUCACCGGUUACAUUCCUCUCUGAGCUGCGUAGCAAUCUACAGGUUUCAAAUGAGCCAGGGAACCGCUACAACAUCCAGCUGAUCAAUGCUUUAGUGUUGUAUGUGGGUACACAGGCUAUUGCUCACAUCCACAAUAAGGGCAGCACCCCCUCCAUGAGCACCAUCACACACUCUGCACACAUGGACAUCUUCCAGAACUUGGCUGUGGAUCUGGACACCGAAGGGCGUUACCUGUUCUUGAAUGCCAUCGCCAAUCAGCUACGCUACCCAAACAGUCACACUCACUACUUCAGCUGCACCAUGCUCUACCUGUUUGCUGAGGCCAACACCGAAGCCAUUCAGGAGCAGAUCACCAGGGUUUUGUUGGAGCGGCUGAUAGUGAACAGGCCUCACCCGUGGGGUCUCCUCAUCACAUUCAUCGAGCUGAUCAAGAAUCCAGCCUUCAAGUUCUGGAGCCAUGACUUUGUGCACUGUGCCCCAGAGAUUGAAAAGCUGUUCCAGUCGGUGGCCCAGUGUUGCAUGGGACAGAAGCAGGCCCAGCAAGUAAUGGAAGGCACGGGUGCCAGCUAGCCUGGCUAGCAGUCAACUUGUAGCCCUCGGGAGAGACACCAAGGCCUUCACCCACUCCCCCAACACACACACACACACACACACACACACACCUCCCCCUUCACUUUUGGCAGCACUGGAUUAACUGGCAACUACAGUCAUUUUUGGUAUGUGGACGUAAGGAACUACUGCUCCAGGUUCUGAAAGAUUUACAUUUUUGUUGAUCCUGAAUUGCGAUGGAGAGAAUGGAGUGAGGAAUGCUGUUUAAAUACUUUUUUGAUGUAAAUAAUGGAAAAAAGGGAGAGUCGAAAAAUGGAGGGUGGCGAACAUGUCAAAAUGUACACUGACAUGUAAAAACAUCUGAACAUAUUUUCACUCUACCAAAGUUUUUGCUUUGCUUCCCUUACAAAUCAUUUUUCCACACUUUGUUUGCUCUCGAAGGCUGAAAGCUAAAUGAAGAAAUUAUUUCGCUUUUUUUGUUUAUUUUGUCUUCGAGUGGACACGAAGAUAUAGUUUAGUCUCUCCUGGGGAGGGGGAGGGGGGUCAUGUGGCGCGUGUGCAUGGAGAUGGUUUACUGAUGCUCGGUCCAUUUGAAAGGUGUCUCUCCCUGGCACUUGUAAAAUCGUGCAAAGUGAGAGUGGUUGGAAUUGUAUCUUGACAAUAUGUACAAAGCUCCAAAUUGAAGAAUAGAAGGACCAAUACAGCCCAUUUUGUAACAUUUUGAAUGUUUUGUAAAUGUAUUGGUCCAUGUGUAUUUUGUAGUCUUUUUCCUAGUUUGGCUUUAGUUCUUGCUACUUAAUUGCAGUAUACGUACAUACAGUUAAUAAAGCAUUCAAACUGCAACGUU